AUGGCGCGGCUGAUCUCCCAUUUUCAUAAGCUGGCGGUUGAUAAAAGUCCGCCAGUACCGCAACCAGAUCCUCUGAGAGCGGAAUCUCCAACUCCUCCAGCACCUCCCGCCAAAGACUCCGAACCUUCAGCAGCAGAACCUCCAGCGCCUCCACCUAAAUCUGCAAAGCCAACCCGCCCAAGUUCUACGGCUGCUCUCAUAGUCGUUCCAGAUACACCCGCAGAGUGGAAAGAAGUCAUGGAAGAAGUAAAGGGCUUAUACCUUAAGGGGCAGUAUAAGCAAUGCUCGGCGCGUUGCAAGCAAAUACUUAACGGCAUCAGCGAUCCAUAUCAAAUCCAUCCGCUCCGCUUAAUAUACCUCUGCUUCAUCGCAGCCACCUCCCUAGAACUCGCUGCCCGCGCCCUGCACAACAACUCUUCCACCAAACUCCAAUUCUUCCAAGAGUCCCUCUCAUACUUCAAAAAAGCACAGUCAUACAUGGGCUUUGCAGCCUUCACCACAGAGCCACAUAUAGUUCGAGCGACGCAGCCUAAAGACCGCCUCUCUAAUUCCUCGAUAUCAUCGAGCAUACGGUCCUCUGUGGAUUCCAUAUUCUCACAGUCUUCCGAGUCUUCGAUAGCAUCUUCUAGUGUCGAGUCUCCGGUAAGCCCUUCAGAUUCAGAAAAGGGGCAUGUAAGAUUCUCUUCCGUCUCAUCAAGUACGGAGAUCAUCAACCCUCAGCCGUUGCGUAGGAAGAAGAAAGUCUCAUUCUCAAUGCACCUCCCAACACUAGAAUCAGAAACCGACCUCUCGUCGGAUGACAUCCUAGCUCGGUUCCCCAGCCCGCCAACACACGACGGCCUCUCUCCGACCAUAUUACCCACCAACUUGGACUCCAAAAUCAUACCCUUUGUCCUAUCCGACAAUGUAUCACGCGUACGGGCAUACUCUUAUCCCACUAACACCUCUACGCCCCUACAGCCUGCUCUCUCUCCCCAAGAACAGCAAACACCCAAACCAGUCAACGUCCCCACCCUCACCCACUACCGCCACAACCUCUCUUCAUUCACCCCUCGCUUGGACUACCACAUCGCCAACAUCCAAGCACAAAUCCAAACCUUAACCACAGUUCGGCGAACCCACCGCUCCAGCCUCCCUAAUCUUUUCCUCGUCACGCCCUUCCCUCUCACCUCGCCCAAGACACCAGACCACAACCCCAUCUCAAUAACGACACAAACACAGACAGAGACAGAAACCUCCCAACCAGCUCCAUCAUCAUCACUCCACGAGAGAAUAAAACGCCUCAAAGAAUCUGGCUGGAAAAGGGAGCGUUUCGAUGGCGAGAAAUACCAAGUACUCUGCGAGAGCGCGUUAUGCGAGAUUGAGAUCGGCGGCAACUUUUUAAUGAAUUAG